AUGGGUUGGGUCUUCGGUGUCUUUCCUUUGCUUUUUCUUCUCUUGCGGGUGCAUUCGGUUGAGCAAGCGAAUGAAAUGAUUGAAACGAUACAGUGGAGCUGGUAGAACGGCUUGAGAUUUCUCUAUAGUUUUUGCCGUGAGAAGGGGGGGGGGCUGGUCAUGGUCUUGGUCAUGUAAGUAAUAUUUGGAAUUUUUAGAUUCUUAUUACUUUUUUG